AAUUCCAGUGUCUAGUCUUUAUUGAUUUCUCAUCCCAGCUGAUACUCAUCAACAAGCUCUCACGAAGAAACGUAGAGAAGAAAUUAAACAUGGCUUCCGAGGGAGAAAGCACUUCUCCAUCUCUACAAGACACACCUGUUUGGGCUUUGGCAAUCGUUUGCUUUAUCUUCAUCUACCUCUCGAUCUUUAUCGAGUACUUGAUCCAUCUUCUUUCCAAUUUGCUCAAAAGACACCGAAAGACUUCUUUGUUUGAAGCUGUGGAGAAGCUUAAAUCAGUGUUGAUGUUCUUGGGGUUCAUGUCUCUUAUAUUAGCCGUAACUCAAAGAUACAUUGCCAAAAUCUGCAUACCCAUCAAUCUUGCAAACUCAAUGCUUCCUUGCCGUAAAAGUGCAUCAAUAGAAACUACUAAAGCAGUGGGAUUUUCUCACAUAGGGAUUGGCACAUUUGAACAUUCAUUGCAGGCAAAAGAUGCUUUUGGGGAUAUUCCAUGGCUAGAAAGAAGAUUGGCAGAAGCUGAUACUACUACUAGUACUAGCACUAGCAAUUCUGAUUAUUGUGGUUCUCAAGGAAAGACAUCUUUUAUAUCCCAAGAAGGGAUCCUUCAGCUCAAUAAUUUCAUCUUUGUGUUAGCGAUCAUGCAGAUUGUCUAUAGUUUUCUGACCAUGGCUUUAGGAAGGGCCAAGAUGAGGCGCUGGGAAGCUUGGGAGAAAGAAACUCAGACAGUUGAAUACCGAGUAGCAAAUGAUCCCGAUCGAUUUAGAUUUACAAGACAAACAACCUUUGGGCGCCGACAUAUGAGUUCUUUUACAAGAAUAUCAUUCCUUCUUUGGAUUAAAUGCUUCUUCCGUCAAUUCUUCAAUUCAGUAGCCAGAGUUGACUACCUCACUCUACGCCAUGGUUUUAUCUCGGCCCAUUUGGCAGCAAAUAACAACUACAAUUUCCAAAAGUAUAUACAACGAUCGCUGGAGGAUGAUUUCAAAGUUGUAGUGGGCAUCAGCCCUGUAAUGUGGUUUAUCGUCGUCAUUUUCAUACUUGUGGAUGUGUACGGUUCGCAUUUCUACCUCUGGGUAUCAUUUAUCCCAUUAAUUACAGUGCUAACUCUUGGAACCAAACUCGAAGUAAUUGUAGCGAAAAUGGCUAUUGAACUCAAAAAUCAGACUCAUGUAAUCAAAGGAGCACCUAUGGUGCAACCCAAUGACAAUCUCUUCUGGUUCAAUCACCCAAAAUUUGUCCUAACCCUUUUACAUUUUACUUUGUUUAUGAAUGCAUUUGAGAUGUCUUUCUUUGCUUGGGUCACGUUACAAUAUGGAAUAAAGUCUUGCUACCAUGAAAGCCUUGAAAUUCUCAUUAUCCGGAUGGUAUUAGCGGUGAUAGUUCAGGUCUUGUGCGGCUACAUUAUUCUUCCCCUCUAUGCUCUUGUAACCCAGAUGGGAUCACAAUUCAAAAGCGCGGCGCUAGAAGAUCAAACAGUGCAUGUUAUAAAGAAAUGGUAUGCUGAAUCGAGGGACAAGAAGAAACGAAAACAAGAUCUUUCACAAUAUGGUCCAGAUUAUUUGUCUACUCCAUCAAGCAGCAACAGAACCUUUGGUUCCCCCGAUUUGUCUUCUCAUCAUCACAUUCACCGGGUGCUAACAUUCUCUGAGAAUGUCACCCAUGUUUCUAGCGAACUUGAAAUUGUUGAAGAACAUCAAGAAAUUCACCAAGCCACAGACAUGGAUAGUUCAAAUAAUAUGGCGCAAAUAGAACUGACAGAGGUCACUAAAACUCAAAAUUAGAGUUUAAAGAAUGAAAGCCAACAAGAUCAAGAUGAUUGCCUAUUUAGAGGGUUGGGAGCGGGCUUUUUUGACCAAGUUCAGUUUAUGUAUGUACUAGCUCAUCUGUUAAUUAUAAAUAUCCAUAAA